AUGUCAUUCGCCGAACAACUCUCAAAAACCACUCCUGAUUUGAUGUUGGUGGUGCUGGCUAUCACCGUUGUUGUGAUUUUUGCUGUCCAUCGGCUUUGCCCGCCCGUUGCUGUGGAGAACAAGCGAGUUGAGGAGCGACUCGCCAAAAUCGAGAAGCAACUCGCCAAAAACAAACUCGCAAACGAAGCAGCUAACUCGACACCCGCAAGAUAA